AUGAAGCGCUUAGACCGAAACAGGGGGUCAAUGGGGAAGCACUUUGACCUGGAGAGGAAGAACGCCAAGCAGGCUGAAGCCAGACUCAGCCAAAAACUGCAGAGGCUGGAGAUAGUCUGCCUAUACCAUGUGAAGCUGCUGACCAGGGAGCAAAGGCAGCUCCAGAAGGAGCUGCAGAGACUGCAGCAAGCUGUCAUCAAGAAGAAGUUCUCCUCCUACUUUGGAAAUGGAAUUCAGAAAAGAGAAGAUGUUCCUGUGACCUCACUACAGGGAAGGCAGAAGAACAGAGUUCCACAGGCCAAUAGUACUAGAGCAUCGGUGAUCACUGAGGCCCCAAAACCAAACAAAGUUAAGCCUGUGAGGCUUCCUGCCCAUCACAGUGGCCUCAAGAUUCACACGAAAGGCAAAGAGCAAUCAUUACCUCAGUACCUCAGACCUUCCCACCUCAUGGAAGAAAAGGCACAAGCCCAAGAGGAAGAGUCUAUAGUUCCUCCCAACGGCAGAGAGUCCAACAACGAUGUAUCUAUGCUCAAUCGAGAUCAAGAAGUUCCCACUGACACCUUAGACCCGGGUCCCACCUCUGACCCUGAAGCUGACAGCACGUCAGCGUGUGUCCAUGGGACCGGGUCAGAGGAGCCCAACCUAAAGCCUGAUCUCCAUGCUAGGAAACAAAUCCCCCAGAGUCCCAUGGAAUGUGCAGGGAAUGAGUCCACUGAGCCAACUUACUUAGAGUUGUUCAUGAGGGUCAGAAACGCCCACUACCUUCGCCACAGGGUCCCCCCUGAGUCUGAGAGAUUGCUCAGCCUCAGAGAAAUAUUCGGACAUGAGGAACCCAGAGAGCCCAACGCAGCCAGGGAGCAUGGAAAUGGGGUGACCACCUAAGCUACUUCAUGUCUAUUGUCUAACA